AUGGAGCAGAAAACGAUCUCGAUCACAAAGGCCGGUGUGAAAACGACGCUUAACGCUCGUGCCUCGAUUCUUGCCGCUGCGAAUCCGGUCAAUGAAGUUUUCGACACGAGGCUGCUGCCGUACCUCGUGCAGAAGACGGUCUGCGAGAGAGUCAUUCGCCGUCUGAUUCAUGACGAGUGUGUUCUUCUCGAAGUAGUGCCUCAACAAGUUUUCCGUGGCGACGGCACUGAUGGUCCCAUGUGGAGUGUCGAAGAACUUUUGAAACAAUAUGAAACCAAUUCGUCAUGGGUUGUAGACGCAAAAACUCAAAUGAGUUUUAUUUGCACCGGCAGGAAGCGGCUUGAUCGGUAG